CUAUGUCUGCUACUUCAAGAGCAACCACGCUAAGAGGUUAAAAUACUUGGCACCCUGCAUAUCACGUGUAUGGUCCAGAAACAAACUCUAGCAUUCGGGUGUGGGGUGACAGUUAAAGGCCUCUCCUUCCAGGCUGCUAAAAAAGCUCUCAGUGCAGGCAGGUGUCAAGUGUACAACACAAGACAUUUAAGAGAUACAACUUUUAACUUUAUUUGAUUGGAAACAUUACAAAAUUCAGAAACAAAGAAAAACAUUGUGAAGAGGCAUCAAUCAUGGCAGCAGCCAGUGUGUCCAUUUCAGGCUCCACUGGCACCACCAUGGAGUUUGCCGAUUACAGUCUCUAUAGUAACCUGUCUGAUGAUGAGCUCUUACAGCUGGCAAUUGAACGCAGCCUCAGUGAUGCUCAUAGCUCCGGGUCAGGGACUGAAAGCACAAAGACCACUACUGCUCAAAACAGACCUGCAUCAUCACGUCCAGUUCCCCCUUCAAGACCUGCCCAGCAACAGCCUGAACCACCUGCAUGUCCGGCCAAUCCACCUAGAGAACAAACAAACCCAGAUACCGUGUUGUCGAUCAGCCACUUUACCACCGGUUACGGCAAGCGGAUGGUGGCCUACCGAAGAUACGACGGCUCCAUUCAGGUCAUUCCUGAGCUCGAAGAAGAAACAGAUCCUAUUUCAAAGGCCAUUGUGGAAGGUGAUGUUGGAACAGUAAGGCUAUUGGUUAAGACAUCUGGGUGCAACCUUCUAACACCAAACAAACACGGAUGGAUUCCUCUGCAUGAUGCGGCAUAUUAUGGACAAAGAGAAUGUAUAAAAAUUCUCCUGAAAGCUCAACCUGGGAUGGUUAACCAGCGCACUCUAAAGGAUCAGACUGCUUUGAUGUUAGCUGUGUCCAGGGAUCAUCUUGCAUGUGCGGAGUAUCUUCUCGAGAAAGGAGCUGAUCCAGAUAUUGUCAACAAUGACAGGGAGACUCCACUGUACAAAGCUUGUGAAAGGGAGAACCCAGCAAUGGUUGCCAUGCUACUGAAUUACAAUGCGUCAGUGAAUAAGAGUUGCAUUCAAGGCUGGACGGCUCUUCAUGAGGCUGUGUGCAGGAACAAUGUGGAAAUCUGCGAGAUGCUCGUGAAAGCUGGAGCCAAGGUCAGCAAACCCAACAUGUACGGAAUUACUCCAAUCUUUGUGGCAGCACAAAGUGGAAAAGUGGAUACACUUCGGUUCCUUCUAAAAAAUGGUGCCGAUAUCAACAGUCAGGCGUCAGAUGGAGCCACGGCACUCUACGAAGCUUGUAAGAAUGGUCAUGAGGAGAUCGUUGAGUUUCUUCUAUCUCAAAACGCAGAUGCUAACAAGCCUGGCAAAACAGGACUGCUGCCAAUUCAUAUCGCUGCCCAGCGUGGCAGUGACGGGUAUGCAAAUUUCUUAAUGUCAAAGACCUCCUCACUUACGGGUGUACCCGCAAACAUGUCAGUGCAACUACUAUCUAUGCUGAUCCCAGCCACGAGUAAAGCCAGAGUAAGAAGAUCUGGCAUCAGCCCCCUCCAUUUAGCAGCGGAGCGUAACAGAGACGAUGUUCUCGAACUGCUGAUCGAUGCCGGAUUUGACGUCAACGCCAUGCUGUCCGAGGAUCGCGUGAAAAUGUAUGAGGAUCGUCGCAGCACCGCUCUUUAUUUCGCCGUCAUCAACAACAACAUCGAUGCCACCACUAUGCUUCUGGAGGCUGGUGCCAAUCCAAACCUGGACACAUUCAACCCUCUCUUGGUAGCCUUGAGACAGGGCUGCGUACAGACGGUUACUCUGCUGGUGGAACACGGUGCUAAUGUGAAUGCUUACAUACCCACCCAUCCGACAACGUUUCCAGCCACUGUUAUGUUCUGCAUGAAGUACCUGACUUUACUGAAGUAUCUGAUGGAUCACGGCUGUGACGCUGUGUCGUGUUUUAAUUGUGUAUAUGGCAACAAUCCUCAUCCGCCGAUAAAGACAAGACGUGACCGGGUGGAUGACUAUGAUGAAGAUAGGCAGCCGACCUGUGUUCAGUUCUGUGAGGUGAUCUCCGCUGAUAACUACUCCCGAUGGGCUGGGCCGGUCAUAGACGUGCUUCUUGACUACGUUGGACACGUGAACCUAUGUGCAAGGCUCAGGGAGCAUCUGGACAGUUACCCUGACUGGAACUGCAUCAGAGAGAAAGCUAUGCCUCCACGACCACUACUGCAGCUCUGCAGGCUGAAAAUCCGCCAACUGCUUGGGAUUAAGAGACUGAAGAAAAUCCACAAGCUUCCAGUUGCUCCAAGGCUAAUAAAAUUCCUGAAUCAUCAAGAACGAGAGCAGGAUUAGAAAAAUGUAAGAAAACCAUUUAGUUUGCUAAAUGUAUGGUUCAAAUGGCACAAAUAUAAGUAAAAUUGGUAACACAAUGGAUAAAAAUUGGUACUUUUACACUUUACAAUAAUGUUCUAUUUUGUUAAAGGUCACAUAACACACACACACAGUUUCUGCCAAUCUCACGUUAAUCUUGCACUGUAAAAACUACUUAUAAAAAAUACUGCCUUAACAUUUUUUGUUAAAUCAACUCAGAUUUACAAGUCAUGUCAACAGAGAUGAGUUGUCACUACUUAUAAAAUAUAGUUUAAAAAAGUCAACUUUAUUUUAUAAGUUAUAACAACUCAUCUCUAGUCAAGAUAAAGUUGAAAUGACUUGAUUCAACAAAAAAUUUUAGAGCAGCAAAGUAUUUUUUACAGUGUGGGUACCUAUAGAGUAGUAUUGCAUCCUUAAAGGUCACAUUCUUUCUGUGUUUUUGAAGCUUUGAUUGUGUUUACAGUGUGCAAUAUAACGUGUGUUCAUGUUUCACGUGUAAAAAAACUAUAUUUUUCAAACAAUUUAGUUAUCUGUAUAGCGCUGUUUUCACUGUCCUAAAAACGGGCUGAUGUUUUCAUUGUUCUAUGAAGUCCCUCCUUCCGAAAUACGUAAUGAUUUCUGAUUGUUUAGUUUGUUUAGUGUGUUGUGAUUCGAUAGCAGCUUAGCUUGCCGUUAGCUUACCUGGUGACUGACGUAUUCCUGUGGGCGGAGUUUAGUCAAAAAAACGUUCUAGUGACCUCAUUAAAGCAGGAGGUAGAGGGCUGUAGUCCAAACCGGCCGAUCGCUGUAGGCUUUGAAAGGCAAAUUCUGUUAAAGAAAAUAUAUCGCCUGGCAGUGAACUUUGAGCUUGAUCAUUUUACAGGUAUAACUUAUAUGCUAUUAUAGCAAUUUUAAAUAGUACACUGUAAAAAAUACUUUGCUGCCUUAAAUUUUUUUGUUGAAUCAACUCAGAUUUACAAGUCAUUUCAACUUGACUAGAGAUGCGUUGUUAUAACUACAGGUGAGUUGUUAUAACUUAUAAAAUUAAGUUGACUUUUCUCAACUAUAUUUUAUAAGUUGUGACAACUCAUCUCUGUUGACAUGACUUGUAAAUCUGAGUUGAUUUAACAAUAAAUGUUAAGAGAGCAAAGUUUUUUUACAGUGUAACUGGCAUGCAACAUACACAAUACAUCAUUGCAUUAUCCCUGGAUAACUUUUAAUGAACUAUACUUUCGUGUUGUUUACAUUAUAUGCUCUUAUGCACUGAUUGCCAACAAAACACAAACAUUUAAUGCAGUUUUACUGUACCCAAGAUUGUGCCCAUACAAGAACUUUCUCUGUAACUCUGCAAAUUGUGACGUAACGCAACAGAUUCAGUAGUCAAAAAAAAACUUUUCAGAAACUUGUACGAACCCUGACGAAGAGUAUUCGGCAAAGAAAUACUAAAAACUCUGUUUUUUUUUUUUGCUAGCUGAGAAUAUAACUCUUUAACAGUGUAAAUAAGUCAGAAUUUUAACAUUAGUAAUGUGUUGGGAAACAUUAGCUAGUUACAGCAUUUAUUAAUGUUAUUUAAUACCAGCACAAUUAUGUUAGUUCAUUGUGCAUUAAAUAAUGUUAACAUUUACAACAUUUGAUUUUAAAAAUGUAUUAAUAAAUGGAGAAAUUAACAUGAACUAUACGUGUAACCAUAAUAAAUGCUGUAGACAUAUUGUUCAUUGUCAGUUCAUGUUAACCAAUAAUCUGAAUUUGGGUAACAGAUGAUAAUAUUUAGUGGGUACAUGGUACUUUAAUAUAGUAUUUUUCUGUAUGUAUGUCUAUUUAAAAAAAAUGUUUUUUAAGUGGUGACAUUUAUUUAAUGACAUUCAUGUGCAUUCAUUUUAAAAACUAGUUUUAACUUUUUGUAAUUUAGUAAAAUGUAUUUUUUUGUUGUUUAUUUUGUAAUAGAUAUGACUAAAUAGGUGUUUGUACAGUUUUGUUUGAUCAGAUUUUAUUUUGCUUAAUUAAUUAUUUAAUAUUUGCAACAAUAGCCAACACUUAGCAACUACAUCAAAUUAUUGAACUGUAAAAUGUUAUCUGUGUGUAAUAUUUAUUAGCACUUAAAGUUGUCAGGCCUUUAUCUAAAACAAACACAGUCUUCAUGUUAUAUUUCCCACCAAUAAGACUUGUACAUUUACUAAUAAAGUGUUAACUACUA